AAAAAAAUGACCUACAAUGUAAAAUUCUAUGGUGAUUUGUGUUUACGCGCUAAACAGAAGAGAUGGUUGAUGUUGACACAAAUGUUAUUGGUCUUGUGAAAGAGUUUCUGGAGUACUAUCAAUUCAGUCAGAGCUUCAAUGCUUUUACAGAAGAAUCUCGCAUAUUUCAAGAUGUGAGUAUUGAUCAGUGGAGACCUUCGUCUGACUUUAAAAGAAAGCAACAAGUCUUAAGUCUGCUUAAGGCCAACAAAAAGAAUGAAUUUUUUGACGCUUUGUUCAACAUAGUACCUGAUACUACACUUCAGGGACAGGAGUUUAUGCGACUGGAAUUCGAUAUCCAUCUGUUUUUCCUGACCGAAUCCUGGCAAGAUUACAAUAAUGAUGAAAGACAGGCAGCAAUGCAAGAAUUCAAGAAAUAUUUAGAGACAAAAGGCUCUGUACAUAGUCAGAACACAGAAUUUUUGGCUUACUAUGCACUUCCAUACGUACCGAAACCUAAUGAACAUCCAAUAUAUCAGCAGUUGUUUGAAGAAUCUUGGCGUAAAUCCGUUAUUUCAAGGGUUUCGAGAUUUAUUGACUCUGUUAUUCAACCGAACACUAUUAAAACUCCUCGUUUAAUUAAUUUGGUAACCAGACCAAAUGCUAAACAAGACCGUUUAAUGAAACAACUUUCGAAUGAGCUUUCAGAUGCUGAAAAACGAGCAGCCCAAUCUCAGAAACGGUUUGCCAGACUUCAAACAGACUAUCAAACACUUAUCUCCGUAACUGCAGAUAUCCUUGAUGCUCUAGAAAAUAGCUUGAAAGGAAAAACGUUAGACAGUUCAGUAAUGCAAAGAAUAUAUUCACGUUUAGUACACAGUCAGAACAAUGGUGGCGUAAGAUUAAGUGAUCAAUACAGCCAAUUAAAUAAAACACCUGCUAAUGGGUAUGAAACCAGAGAACAAGUGAAUGGUUAUAAAGGAACUGAAUUUGCCAGUGAAAAGUCAUUUGCGAAUGGUGGUCCUUACUGGAAUGAUAAAGCUUCGACGCCUUUAUUCGAAUUGGAUUAUAACAAAAUCAAAGAGGAUAUCAAAACAAUGAAUGAUCGAAAGAAAUGCUACCUGCUACAAGCAUUACGUUGGAGAUUAACCAAAUCGAAAUUAUCUCAACGGGAAAAUUGUUUAACUUCAUUUGUACGGAAUGAUAUAUUGGAUUUAACAAAAAUUGAUACGCUAAAAGAUGUUGAUAUUGUUAUGCAUGCACCAUUAUUAAACUGUCUGAAGUCAAAACAUCAUCGUGUACGUGAAUAUAUGGCACGUUUUAUCAAUGCAUUGGCAUCUUUAUCCAGAGGACGUGCAUAUUUAUCACAGACAUCGUUAGUUGUUGAAAUUCUAAUCGAUGAAGUACGUAAAGAACAAGACGAGUGUAUAACAAGAGAAAAUUUUGUUGGUGCUUUACAAAAAAUGAGUUUAAGGCGACCAAUGCAAACUGUAAUGAUAAAACAAGGUGUCAUAUUAUGGGUUACAAAUUUAUUAGAAAAUAUGAACAAUUUAUCCGAUUACACUUUGGAAUAUGCUGUUGCUUUAUGCAUGAAUUUAUGCUUAAGAAGUUCUGGUAAACGAUGUUGUAUUCCGAUAACAGGACGUUUACUCAAUGUUCUAAUGGAUCUUUUAAGUAUUGAAAACAUUGAUAUUGUACCUUAUGUGAAUGGUGCAUUAUAUUCGAUAUUAGCAUUACCUGAGAUAAGAAAAACAGCCGAGAAAAUGAAUCUUAAACAUAUUUUAAAGAAUUUCAUUAAACCUGAUCAGCCAGAAAUGAAUCGUCAAUUUGAGUUUAUUAUACAAAGAUUGGGAUCAUCUGAACAACCUCCGGCAGACGAUUCAGAUGAUGAAGCUGAAGAGGACGAUGAUGAGGAGGAUGCUUCAACACUGGAGGCUGAUUUAGACCGACAAGAUUUACCUCCACCAGAUCCAAAUGAUCUAGUCUCACUAUGUGGAACACAAACAGUUCUACGUGAUCCACGUUUAUGGGUUGGAGAAGGUCUUUUAAAGCAUCACUAUGCAACACAUACCACAGUGAAAGGAGAAGCGAAUGGUAGUGUUGAUUGGUGUAAACCUUUAUUCAAUAAAGACAAUGAAAUACGAUUGCCUAACAAUGUUUUACGUAAUAAUCUACCACUUCAAAGGCCAACAACACCAAGUCAACGAUCUGGUCGAAAUUCAAUAUCUGAAAAUCGUCCAUCAACUGCCAGUAGAAAUCAACAACGUGGCUCCAAUUUGAACAAUCAUUACAAUGAUGACACGUGUAAUCAAUCAAAUUUACGCGAUAGUUUAGCAACAAUUACACAAAGUUUCUCAGAAGAAUUAACACCAAGAUGUACAACACCAAAUCGCAAUAAAAAUAUUCCUCUAAAUGAGGAUUAUUCAUCACUAUUACCAAAAGAAAUUUCUACACAAACUAUAGAUGGUAGAAAAGUGAAAAAAAUUAUUAUUAAUCGUCAAGAAGGUCAAGGGGUUUUUGAAAGUCGACCAAGAAUUGCUCGUACACCAGAUGCUGUAUCCCCGACAGAAGAACGAAAAUUGAUCUGGCAAAAUAAUCCUACAAAUCAUCAUCAAUAUUAUCCUGACGAAGUUGUCAAUGAUCAUGGCGGUGACGAUGAUGAUGAUGAUGAUGGUGAGGUUGAUGAAGGUAUUGUGGAGUCAGCCAGUGUACGUCAAUCACAACAUUCACCAGAUUCAACUGUAUCAAGUAGUACACAUAAAUAUAAUAACGCCAAACCAACACUAACAACAACAACACCUCUAGAAGUCGGAAUAUUCCAUAUUUAAUGCACACGAAUGAGUCGUAUUCACAAUAUGCAAGAAAAAUCAAUGGUGAUCUUUCCAAUCAAAAUGGUACAGCUUUGAAUGGUAAUUCAAGGACAAAUGGCAUAUAAUAUCCCAAUUAAUUAUUGCUAUCAUUAUUAUAUUACUAUAUGCAACUAUUCGUAUUGAGCUUUUUUAUGCAUUUCACUUUAAAUUAUUAUAUUCCUUGCUAAAAACCAACUAACCAGUCAACCAUCAUUAUUGUUAUUCAUGUUCAAACAUGUUCAAAAAACUGCUAAACAAUUUUGAUGACAUAAUCACAUGUUUUUGUAAAAACCAUAAAGUGUAACACACCAACAACAGACAAUUAAUUCUAUACAUUGAUUAUAAUAACUGAAUAGUUUUGAGUGGAUGUAAUUAUUAUUUUUUAUCAAUUAAAAACUGU